ACAAAAUUGAAAAGGUUAAACAAACACAUAACUUUACACAGAAUAAAAUCUAUUGAAACAACCCCUAGUGCUUGAGAACCAUUUAAAAAAAAUGACAGACGACCCUUCCGAUUUCCUAAUUCAGUCAGCGGCAUUACUAGCCAAAGACUUGCUAAAUGAAAAUAAAUUAUUGACCAUCACUGCACCAUCAAUAUUCGCGAAAGACGCAGACUCGGACGAUGAUCUGGACCUAUUCUUUUACUCUCAAUUAAUGAAAAAACGAAAAGUUAGUGAUCAAAGCCCAUCACGUACCGGAUUCAGUUCAAAGCAUGGAAUUAGAUCACUGGCUAAGAGGCGUCCGACUGCUGGCAAUGUCAGUCGAACAGCUCAAGGAGCGCCAAAGAAACAUUUGUUUCUGAAAUUCCUGCAAGAAUGCGAGGACAACACUUUCGAAAAUCAAUACAAAAUUUCGAGGUCGACGUUUAAGUCACUCGUACGUCUGCUAACACCGAACAUUGAACUGCAAAACAAAAAGGAAUCGAUCCCCCUUUCAACAACCAGCUUAAUUUUAAUCGCACUGUGGCUGCUAACGUCACAGGAAUCCAUAAAGAGUACAGCCGAUAGAUUCAACGUAUCCGAACACUUGUGUCGUCUAGCAUUCAAUCGACUACGCGACACAAUAAAGCUGAACAAGGGAUUUUUCAUCAGCUGGCCGAACAAAGAGCGUGCAAAGAAAAUCACUGAAGAAUUCAACGAAUACCUGGUGUACGACAAUAAGCUACCGAACAUCUGUGGCGUCAUUGGCUGUGUAGAGAUUCCGAUUCCAUCGCCGAUGGACCGAAGUUCUAAAACGGGCAAAGUUGUUAAAUUACAGUGCGUUUGCGAUGCAAAAGGAGAAUUCCUCGAUUCAUUUGUGGCCGAUGAGACGCAGGUUGCCGUAUCGAAUGUUUCCGUAUUUAACGAAAGUAUUAAAUCGAGAAUCGAAAGCGAUGAACUGUACAUAGCGCCCAAUUGCCAUUUGAUUGGCGACAAAAGUUAUCCGAUCAAACGGUAUCUCAUGGUGCCGUUCAAGGAGUUCCGAAAGACGCACGAACAGAACGAAUUCAACAUGCACCUGGAAUUGUCGCGUAAAAUCAUAGAUAUUGCCAUUAAGCGAUUGUUUGAACGCUUUACCUGCUUGAAGAAUCUGGAAAUUCGAGAGGCAACUGAUUACAUCGAACUUUGCUGUGCGAUGCAUAACUUUUGCAUACAGCAAAAUGAUUCGUUUUAUUUGGACAUUGGAGAGGAUGAUACGACGGUUGUUAGUUCGACGAAUACUUGCCAUGAUUUUACCAUUGAUCAAAGGGCGCUGGACAAGAGAAAUGCAAUUGUGGCGAAAUUCUCGAAAUAAAUGUUUGCUGACC